UUGUUCACCCUGCUUUGAUUCGCGCAUGCCCACACCCUCGCUCCUCCCCUCCCCACGGUCCCCAUGGUAACGCGCGGAGGAGAGCAGCUUAGCAACACGGAGCGGAGCAGACAGUGCGAGGACAGAGGCAGCAGCAUCUUGUGUCAGUGAUGAGCAGUCGCUCUGGGACAUGAUGCAGGUUGAUCGGUGAUUCUUCUUCACGGAGAAAAGACUUGUUUUCCAGUUGAGUGUUUGUCUCGUCAUCUUGUCAUCGAUCUCCAGAAGAAUGAAGUUCGUGGUGGUGCUUGUGGGAGCGGGCUCGCUAGCCUUCCUCGGCGCGGUCAUCUGCAUCAUCGCGAGUGUUUACCCCCGGAAACACGCCUCGCCUCUCGGCGACAACAACACCCUGUCGGAGCCUCUGCUGGAGCCCCUGGAGCCCGGCUCGGUGGCUCACGCCGGGCCGCUGGGCGCGCUGCACGGCGCCAAUUCCUACGAUGGAGAGAACGGGCUCGGCGGCAUCGGCCUGGAGGUUCCCACUCUGAACGAGCUCCACCUCGGGGAGGAGACCGGAGGUGGGACCGCGAAACAGUUCAGCUUCAGCCGGCUGAUCUGCACACCUGUACCGGUGGGAGAGUGCAAGAGCAAAGACCUGAGGCAGCAGCAGGCGGACCAGCCGCUGUACGGCGCCGGGGACGAAGACUGGACCUAUCUCCGCACCACCGCGGACGAUCUCCGUCAGAUGGUGCUGCAGCAGAACGACCAGAUCCUCAUGGACCAGAGGACCAUCCGGGAACUCACGGGGAAGCUGAGCGAGUGUGAGAGCGGCCUGGAGGACGAGAGGAACGUCCCGGAGCGGAGCAUCGGGGUCUGGAGCGGCAACCGCCGAGUCAUGGCCGGGGACGAUGUGAGCUCCUCGGCAGCGGCGCAGCUGCAGACUGCGCGGGCUGUGGAGGAGCUGGCCCGGGCCAUCAUGGACCUGAAGGACCGCAUCGAGAAACUCGAGGCGGAGAUAGGCCCGGCUGCCUUGAACAUCACGGACACAUCCGUGGGUACAAGCGGCAGCAGUGGCAGCAGCAGCGGCAGCAGCAGCAGUGGCAGCAGCAGUGGCAGCAGCAGCGGCCCGCCUGGUAACUCCCCAAAGGCAUCCGAGCCGCCCACCGGCAGUGCUUCCUCUCCGCCUGCAGCGGCUCCUCCCCCAGGGGGUCGUCGUCCGGCCUCCCCUUCUUCCCCUGCCGCCAAGCCACCUUCCAAGGUCUCCUCCGGGCGUGGGAAGGGCACCUGGAGCGUGGGGGACCUGGAGGGCGAGCUUGAGAGGAAGAUAAAGCUGCUGGAGAAAGAGCGAUCGACCAUGAUGAAGGAGACGAAGGACCAACACGAGAAGAUCAACCAGGGCAUCGACACUGUCCACCAACGCGUCACCGAGCUGGAGCACACGCUCACAGAGCCGUCCUUCCCUGAUGGCUUCGUCCUCUCCUUCCCCAUGAGGACCAACUAUAUGUACGGCCUGGUGAGGAAAGAGAUCACAGAGAUGUACGCCUUCACUGCCUGUGUGUGGCUGAAGGCCAAAGAGGGAGGCAUCGGCACCCCCUUCUCAUACUCAGUGCCAGGGCAGCCCAACGAGUUGGUGUUGCUGCAGGGAGUCCACAACCCGGUGGAGCUGCUCAUCAAUGACAAGGUGGCGCAGCUGCCUCUGUCCCUCCCGCAGGAUGAGUGGCAGCACAUCUGUGUGAGCUGGACCCUGAGGGACGGGGUGUGGAAGGCCUACCAGGGGGGGAAGAUGAAGGGCAGGGGAGAGGGGUUGGCUGCAUGGCAUCCCAUCAAACCAGGAGGCGUCCUCAUACUGGGACAGGAGCAGGAUACAUUGGGGGGGCAUUUCGACGCCUCCCAGGCUCUCGUCGGGGAGCUCUCCCAGUUCAACCUGUGGGACCGGGUGUUGAAGCCGGCGGAGGUCGCCGCCCUGGCCGACUGCAGCUCCUCGGCGCUGGGUAACAUCGCCCCCUGGACCGACCUCGACGUGGAUGUGUACGGCGGCGCCACCAAGGAGUCCCUGGACCCGUGCCACGUAGCCCAGAGAUCCAACCCCUCCAGCCCCAAACAGUGAGGGCGGCUGAUAGGUGGAUGCAGAAGAUGCAUCUCAGUGGGGUUUACAGUUUAUUUGUUGGGGAUGGGAAUCCUGCUGGUGGACUGUGCGACGGAGCGACGUAUGUGUUUUGUUUUUAGUGUUGGUGUCCACGCUCGUGUGUUUAGUUCUGCAGUGACAUACAGGAAGUCACAGAAUCACCUGAGUGAAAGAUGCAUGGCUGGAUCAACUCCUGGCAUGAACAGGACUCCUGGAAGCUUUGAUUAUUGGCUCUGGUUAAAUGUCCCGCCCUCUGUUUUAGGUCAACCUGUUGGGGCCAGUUAACCGUGAUGGUAAUUCAGAGCGCUCUGCUGGGUUUGAACAAACCUUUAUUGAUGCCAUAUCUUUCUUAAUUUUACAACAAAGUCAACGUAUACUCAUCCUACGGUUCGUAUCUUACGUAAAGUUAUUCCUCGUUUUUCGUGCCUUCUCCUACACGCAUACAGUCUUUUCAAAAUAAAGUUCUGUCUUCACAGGAAACUACUUGGUUAGGUUUAGUUUGGGUUAAAAUAACGACUGAAGAACGGACGUUACGUGACAAAUAAGUCAACAUUUGGGUUUUAAUAAGCUAAAGUGCCGUUACUUAUCCACCAAAGUUACGUGACAGAUAAAUCUGUUUUCACGCGGGACACGAUCAGCGGUCUCCGGGGUGAACGCUCUUUGACCCGCACGCCACACACAACACAUACACAUUGAUUUUGCGGGAUAAACACGAACUACAGUGCGUUACUUUAUGUAGGUUUAGCUCCGUGUGUGAGAACAGGCAGUGAUGCAAUCGUGGUUUUACUAAUGAGUUUCAUUAACUAUGUGAUCCUGUAAUGUCUGUGUACUGUUAAGUUUUCUACCUUCAUACCAUGAUCUGGUAAACCAGUGCUCUUAUAUUAAAUGUAUAUUGUGUAAUGUAUCUGCUAACGUUGCUCUGUGCCAGUCUGCUGUCGCCUCACACACUCACACACACACACAGUUCACAGCUUCAGCGCUGCGUCUUUAAGCACACAGGGAGUUUCUGUCGCGCUGUAACGUUUUGAAGCUUCAUCACAACGUUGACACUUUUGAAUUCUGCCUUUUUUAAAUUCAUUGUGUUCAAAGCUUUUAUUUCUGCACAUGUUCAGAUAAAGACACACUGAUAUUAUUAGUAUUAAGUUAGCGUCGGAUUGUUUCAGACUGAGGAUCCAAACGUUUCCAAUAACUCCAGCGCGUCAACAUUUAUUGAAAAAAGAUAGAUUUCCAAAGUUCACAACAUGUUUUUAUCAAACCAAAUGUUCUGCUUCCAUCUAUGUUUGUUGUCGUUUUGCCUCAAAAACAACUUUUUAUUUGGGGUCAAAACACACAAAGAAGAACUUUAUUACUAUAAAUUACAUUUAUACAAACAAAACAUUUAACUGACAAGUUUUUUAAAUAUUCAUUCUGUCACAUUUAUAAAUGUUUCACUGUCUAUCCAAAGGAAUGAAAUAAAAGUGAAAAAUAAAAGAAGGUUUAUUUAAUUAAAAUCAGAUUUUUCACUUUAUUCAAGUGACGGAUUUCUUUAUUUUAAAUGACGACAGACAUUCGAUGCUUCAUUAAAAACCUCUCGUGCAGCCCGGCUUGUUUCUUUGAAUGUAAACCAGAUGACUGUAAGUGUGUUUGCAUCAGCAAAGUCACUGAACAAACAAACUCCAAAUGUGUAAAUGACAGAGUUGAUGUCCCUCAGUUUGAAACACACAGUCUGAAACACACAGUCUGAAACACACAGUCUGAAACACACAGUCUGAAACACACGGUCUGAAACACACAGUCUGAAACAGACACAGUCUGAAACACACAGUCUGAAACACACGG